AUGGUCGGCACCAUGUCUUUUCUCCUCUUUGGAGACCAGUCGCUCAACACGCAUGCCUUCUUGGCCGAGUUCUAUCGUCUAGGGGCCCCGGGUAUCCUUGCCAAGACCUUUCUCGAACAGGCCGGCCAGGCUUUGAGGGAGGAGAUUGAUGGUCUGGGGAAAUUGGAUCGCGCCCAACUACCCAUCUUUCGCACUCUCCAACAGCUUAACGAGAGAUAUCACGCCCAGUCUCGCAAGCACUCCGGUGUCGACAGCGCCUUACUUUGUGUCGCUCAACUAGCUCACUAUAUCGAUCGAGCUGAGAAGGAACCUCAAGAUGUAAAGGCCCAUGAGGACACCUACAUUCUCGGUCUUUGCACUGGUCUGUUCGCUGCUGCAGCCGUGGCAUCGACGGCUUCUGUGUCUACCCUGAUACCCGUUGCCGUGCAGACUGUCCUGAUGGCAUUCCGAACCGGCUCGCAUGUCGCUUCAUUGGCGGAGAGGCUGUGCCCUGCUACUAGUCGGUCUGAUCCUUGGACGCACGUCCUGGUCGAUGUCACCGAGGCCGAUGUCACCAAGGCCCUCCAAAGCUUCCACUCCUCCCAUUCCGUACCUCCUCCUAGCCAGGCCUAUAUCAGUGCUGUGUCUACCCACCGUCUAGCCAUCUCUGGUCCUCCAACAACUCUCAAGGCGUUGGUUGAAAGCAAUUUAUUGGGUGCACAGUCGACAUCGAUCCCUGUGUAUGGGCCGUAUCACUCUGCCCACCUACACUCUGGUGUCGACAUUGACAGACUGUUGAGGCUUGACGACGUGAACGUUACUCGUCUUCUUGAGCAGACCAGGCCACGCUCGGCGGUCAUGUCUGGAGCUCGAGGCACCUGGAUCGCCAGCCUCGACACGAAGGAUCUUAUUCGUACUGUCACUCGAGAGUGCUUGACAGAGCUACUACAAUUCCACAAGGGACUUGAGCUCUGUGUUGAGACAGCGCAAGCUUUUGACGGUACUAGCUGUCUGGUCAUCCCCUUCGGCCCAACAACAAACGCCGAGAGUCUCUCCAGUCUCAUCAAGCAAAAGACAGAGCUCACCGUCAUCACUUGUCAACCACCAAAAGUCACAAACAGCAGUGACGCUCGUAUUGGCAAUCAUGGACCCAGUGGGAAGUGCAAGCUAGCCAUUGUGGGCAUGGCUGGUCGCUUUCCUGAUGCUGCAAGCCACGAAAAGCUGUGGGAGCUUUUGUCGCAGGGCUUGGACGUCCACCGUGUCGUACCAGCGGACCGAUUCAACAUCGAUACACACUAUGAUAUCACAGGUAAAGCCAUCAACACUAGUCACACCCAGUAUGGCUGCUGGAUUGAGAACCCUGGGUUGUUUGACCCCAGGUUCUUCAACAUGUCGCCGCGCGAAGCUUACCAGACCGACCCUAUGCAACGCAUGGCCCUAACCACGGCCUAUGAAGCCUUGGAAAUGUCAGGGUAUGUCCCGAAUCGGACAGCCUCGACCAGGCUUGACCGGAUUGGUACAUUUUACGGCCAGACCUCCGAUGAUUGGCGAGAAAUCAAUGCCGCACAGGAAGUCGACACAUACUUCAUCACCGGGGGAGUACGCGCCUUUGGCCCUGGCAGAAUCAACUACCACUUCGGUUUCAGUGGACCUAGUCUGAACAUCGAUACAGCCUGUUCUUCCAGUGCCGCAGCUCUGCAAAUCGCAUGCACCUCGCUCUGGGCUAAAGACUGUGACACGGCAGUCGUUGGCGGCUUGUCUUGCAUGACCAACCCCGAUAUUUUCUCAGGACUCAGCCGUGGCCAGUUCUUGUCCAAGACUGGUCCCUGUGCCACGUUUGACAAUGGAGCCGAUGGUUACUGCCGAGCUGAUGGCUGCGCCUCCGUCAUCGUGAAGCGUCUGGAUGAUGCCAUUGCCGACAAGGACAAUGUCCUUGCGGUCAUCCUGGGCACGGCGACGAACCAUUCUGCCGAUGCCAUAUCGAUUACCCAUCCUCACGGACCUACGCAGUCGAUCCUAUCAUCAGCCAUUCUCGAUGAGGCUGGCGUCGAUCCUCUUGAUGUUGACUACGUCGAGAUGCACGGCACUGGUACUCAGGCCGGUGAUGGCACGGAGAUGGUCUCUGUCACAGACGUAUUCGCACCUGCCAACCGCAAGCGUCCUGCAGACAGACCUCUGUAUCUCGGCGCUGUGAAAUCCAACAUCGGCCACGGUGAGGCUGCUUCAGGUGUGACAGCUCUCUGCAAGGUUCUCAUGAUGUUGCAAAAAAAUGCCAUCCCUCCUCACGUCGGCAUAAAGAAGGAUAUCAACAAGACGUUUCCUAAGGAUCUUGCGGAGCGAAACGUCAACAUAGCUUUCCACAUGACACCCCUCAAAAGGCAUGAUGGGAGACCCAGGAGAAUCUUCAUCAACAACUUCAGCGCCGCCGGUGGUAAUACUGGUCUCCUCCUGGAGGAUGGUCCUAGCCAGACGCCCACACAAGCGGACCCUCGCAGUGCUCAAGUCAUUACUAUCACGGCCAAGUCCAAGACGGCCAUGAUUAAGAAUGCUGAACAAUUGGUUACGUGGAUGGAGAAGAAUCCUGAAACCCCGCUUGCUGAUGUUGCUUACACCACAACGGCCCGUCGCAUGCAACACUACUGGCGCCUGAAUGUCGCCGCCUCCACCUUAUCUGAAGCCAUGUCGGCCAUCAAGGAGCGGCUUACUCAAAGCUUUGUGCCCAUCUCGACUGAGCAGCCAAAGGUGGCCUUCUUGUUCACAGGCCAAGGCUCUCAUUAUGCUGGUCUUGGCAAGGACCUCUACGCCCACUACGCUGUUUUCAGAGACAGCAUCGAUGAGUUCAAUCAUAUUGCCGAAGUCCAUGGCUUCCCGUCUUUUGUGCCAUUGAUUGAUGGCAGCGAACCUGACGUCUCCAACCUAUCACCCGUGGUUGUGCAGCUUGGCCUUUGCUGCUUCGAGAUGGCUCUGGCCAGAUUGUGGUCUGCAUGGGGCAUCAGGCCCGCUGUGGUUCUGGGGCACUCUCUCGGAGAAUACGCUGCGCUGAACGUCGCCGGCGUGCUGUCCGCGAGCGACACCAUCUAUCUCGUCGGCAGUCGCGCUCGACUUCUCGUUGACAGGUGCACUGCUGGUACCCAUGCCAUGCUCGCUGUGCAGGGCCCGGUUGGAACUGUCAACGAGGCUCUCGGUUCCGAAUCCUCCUCAGUCAACAUCGCCUGCAUCAACGGGCCUCGUGAGACCGUUCUCAGCGGUGAAGCCGACCACAUGAUGAGGAUUGCCACGCAAUUGGGCGCGUCUGGAUUCAAGUGCACCCAGCUGAAGGUUCCCUAUGCUUUCCACUCGGCCCAAGUCGAGCCAAUUCUUGACGAAUUUGAGCAUCUUGCCCGUUCCACCCGCUUCAUGCCUGCUCAGGUGCCUGUCAUCUCACCUCUUCUUGGUAAACUCGUUGAGCAUGAGCUUAUUGACUGUUCGUAUCUUCGCAAACAUGCCCGCCAACCUGUGGACUUCCUCGGGGGCAUCAUCUCGGCACAGCAAUCAGGAGCAAUCAAUGAGAAGACCGUCUGGCUGGAAAUCGGCCCUCAUCCUGUGUGUGCCAACAUGGUCAAGGCCGCUUUUGGAGUGGCCACCAUUGCGGUACCCACGCUCCGACGCAACGAGCCAACCUAUAAGACCUUGAGCAACGGGUUGUGCACUUUGCACACCGCAGGCCUGAGCCUUGACUGGAAUGAGUACCACCGGGAUUUCAGCGAGUCCACUCGUCUACUCAAUCUGCCCAGUUAUUCCUUCGACGAGAAGAACUACUGGCUGCAGUAUAGUGGUGAUUGGUGUCUCACCAAGAACCGGGGCUCGGCUCCGGCUAAGGCGCCUGCUCUUCUGGAAGCGCCGAAGCCCAAGCUCUCGACAACUUCAGUGCAUGCCGUCACCAAGGAGGAAAUCAACGGCGACACUGUCAUCAUCGAGACCGAGACCAAUCUUUCCCGCGAGGAUACAAGAAACAUUCUUGAGGGGCACUUGUGCAACGGAACCCCUCUCUGCCCUUCGACGCUGUACGCGGACAUGGCAAUGACCAUCUGUGACUACGCUUACAAGCUGGCACGACCCGAGGCUGUAAAUAUCGGACUCGAUGUUUCCGAUGUGGAAGUUCCCAAGACAUUGAUCUUUGAUGAUAAGGUCGAAUCUCACAUGCUGCGCUGUACAGCAAUUACCAAUGUUGCUCUUGGCCACGCUGAUCUUGUCUUCCACACUGGUGAAGGCCCAAAGAGGACUGAGCACGCGAAAUGCAGGGUCAACUUUGGCAACACCGAACAGUGGGCUGACGAGUUCGAGCGUAUCAAAUAUCUCAUCAGCGGUCGCGUUGAUGCCCUCAUCGAGGCCGAGAAAGUCGGGAAGGCUUCGAAGAUCGGCAGAGGCCUGGCCUACAAGCUUUUCACUGCCCUUGUGGACUACAACCCUCGUUUCCAGGGAAUGGAAGAAGUUAUUCUUGACAGCAGAACAUGCGAAGCCACCGCCAAAGUCUCUUUCCAGACAAGCGAGAAAGAUGGAAACUUUUUCUUCAGUCCGUACUGGAUUGAUAGCUGCUGCCACAUAUCUGGCUUCAUCAUCAAUGGUACAGAUGCGGUGGACUCGCGCGAACAAAUAUUCAUAUCCCACGGUUGGGGCUCCCUCAAGUUCAUUGAGAAGCUCGAUGCCUCCAAGACAUACCGCUCCUAUAUCCGCAUGCAGCCGGUCAAGGACACCAAGGUUAUGGCUGGCGAUGCUUAUGUUUUCGAUGGCGACCGCAUCGUAGGAGUCUGCGGCGACGUUAGAUUCCAGUCGAUCCCUCGCAAGGUCAUGAACAUGGUUUUGCCCCCCCGCGGGCGCGCGGCAGCCGGCAUGAUCACCGGUGCUGCGCCCAAGGGUGUCUCCAAGCCCACGAUCGUGUCACCACCCAAGGCGUCUGCCCCCAAGACAAAAGCCUCGAAGCCGCUGACUUCCUCCAAUAUUCACACAGUCAACGCAAAGCUUGCCAAGCCCAUGUCAGUUGUGGCUGAGGUCAUGGAUAUCAUUGCUAAGGAAGUCGGCGUGUCUCAUGAUGAGCUUGCCGAUAACAUUGCCUUCACAGACCUUGGGUGCGACUCACUCAUGGCGCUCACCGUGGCUGGACGUAUGCGAGAGGAGCUCGAUCUGGAUAUCGAUUCUCAUGCUUUCGUUGACCAUGCAACGGUCGGCGCUUUCAAGAAGUUCCUGGCCCAGCUCAAAGUUCAUGAUGAUGCCAGUCCUGCCCAAAAGACUCACAGCCGCUCUGGGAGCUAUGGGGCCCAAGACUCUGGUGUCUCAUGCGUCUCGGACUCAGAAUCGGACCUGACAUCUUCUGAUUCUGUUGUCACAACACCCCCAAACGAGAGUGACGAGACAUCACUGAAGGAUGGUGAAAGUCACGACAGCCUGCAAUCCAUUGUACGGUCUACCAUUGCUGCAGAAAUGGGCGUUGAUGUUGACGAAAUCAUCGCGGCUCCGGACUUGGCUGCACUUGGUAUGGAUUCGCUGAUGAGUCUUUCCAUUUUGGGCACACUACGAGAGCAGUCAGGUUUGGAUAUUCCUGGCGACCUUUUCGUCCUUAACCCCUCCCUGUCCCAAGUUGAGAAGGCGCUUGGAUGUGGACCAAAGUCGAAGGUAGCACCAGUAGAACCAGUAGCACCCAAAGUGUCCAGCAUUGCUCGCCCAGCCUCGCCGCCGGUCGCCCCUACACGGGUCAUCAACACCCAUCCCGGCAACACCACAGCAAGCAUCACCAAGCCCCCACCACCCAAGGAGAUCGUUGAUCAUUACCCCCAUCGCAAGGCUUCAUCGACUCUUUUGCAAGGUAGUACGCGAACUGCUACCAAGAAGCUCUUCCUGAUUCCCGAUGGCGGCGGUUGCGCGACCUCUUACACCGAGAUUAGCCAAAUCUCUCCUGAUUGGGCCGUUUGGGGGCUCUUUUCGCCCUUCAUGAAGACUCCCGAGGAGUUCAAUUGCGGCGUGUAUGGGAUGGCUGUCAAGUUUAUCGCGGAGAUGAAACGUCGCCAACCGGAGGGUCCCUACCAUAUUGGGGGUUGGUCGGCUGGUGGUGUCAUCUGUUUCGAGAUUGUCAACCAGCUCACGAAGGUCGGCGAGCGCGUCGAUAACUUGAUCCUUAUAGACUCCCCUUGCCCCGUCAUUAUCGAGCCGCUCCCUCGAUCUCUGCACGCCUGGUUUGCUUCCAUUGGGCUCCUUGGGGAUCGCGAAGAUGCGUCGAGCAAGAAGAUUCCCGAUUGGCUGCUUCCUCAUUUCGCAGCCUCUGUCAAUGCCCUCAGCAAUUACACGGCGGAGCCCAUUCCCGCCGACAAAUGCCCCAACGUCAUGGCCAUUUGGUGCGAGGAUGGCGUGUGCCACCUCCCAACCGACCCUCGUCCUGAUCCGUAUCCCACGGGUCACGCUCUUUUCCUCUUGGACAACCGGACCGACUUUGGUCCCAACCGCUGGGACGAGUAUCUUGACAUUGCCAAAUUUCGUACCAGGUCUAUGCCAGGAAACCACUUUUCUAUGAUGCAUGGUGACUACGCCAAAAUGAUGGGUACCUUUAUCCGCGAAGCUCUGUGUCAGUAA